AUGCUGUCCUUUAUGACUCUUACACAAUGUCGGGUCAAAACUAUUAAUGCCAUGGGUAAAGAGAUGAGAGAUUAUUUCAUUGGCCCAAUGCCAGUUGAGGAAUUUCUCCAGGAGUUCUUCCCGAGUUCUGAAAUACCCGAUUAUGACCCUUUGUACUUCACUUCAGCCUUUGCUGCUGGCGCAUUCAGCGAUGUGAUCUCAAUUAAACAUGAGGAGCGCGCUUACACACCCUUCAUUAACGCCAUCAAACCUUUCACUCCUCAAUUGUCAUUUGUCAACACUCACAAUCACGCGGACACACAAAACUGCUCGAAAAUCAAUUCGACUGUAUUCAAUAUCAAGCCGGACAUUUGCGUGUAUCCCGAUGGGUGUGCACCUUCAUCGCCCAACUGUGACGUUUCCUCAACAGAAAUUAUUAUCAAAUUCAAAUGGUCAUACUCCCAUGACGCAUUCUGUGAACCUUCUGGAGUUGAUAGUGUUGUAUCCCAGACGGAGAGGGGUAUGGACAUGUUGGGACAGAUAGCAAGCUAUACUGCAGCUCAGCUUGGCACCCAGGAGGGAGCUAUUGUCACUGGCCCCAUCAAUUACAAUAACCAGCCACACUUAGCCAACUCCUUUCAUCAUUACGCACGAGCAUCACCUGAAAUGUGUGGUGUCGACACUUCCAUAACACUUGCUAAUGAUGAGGACGCUGACCUUGCAAGGUCACAGCUAAACAUUCCCAGUACCACCUGUAUGUUCAAAGUCGAAGUCUCUAAUGCUGAGGGUUCUGGCUUGCUCACGUUGGUCAUUCCCUAA